UGCACGAAAAAAGUGGAGGUCAAAGGGAUCUAUCUGAAUGGGUGUGGAGAAUUAAGGGACGGCAUCUAGCAGCUGAUUUUUUUUUCUCAUUUUUUUGUAGAAUUGAGCUAUAUUAUUAGGUUUCAACAUCAACAUUAAAAUUAUAAGCUCAAAAAAAAAAAAAAAAAAAAAAAUUGGAAUAUUGCUUUGAAAAUCGGAACGGCCCAAGUACCCCCCCCCCCUUCCAAUUCGAAGCUCUAUUUUAACUUUUAUGAAAUAAUAGAAUGGUACACUCCGAUUUAUUAAGGAUUUCGUGUUUUUCUUUCGUGUAAUGAAUCAAAUGACGCUGCAAAAAAAUUAAAAAAAAAAGAAAAACUUAUUUAUCUAUUGAUCGUUAAUUUUCUACUCUGAAAAGUGAUGUUAAAGGCCCUUUGCUUUUGGAAGUGAGGGGGACAGUUGUCCCCGUGCGAGCCGCCCAUACGAGAUGAGAAAUUCCUCUUUCCACGUGCCAGCCGAGACUGUGUUAAGUGUGGCCGUCUCCCAGGAUGAGCUACGCAGCGAGCGACAACCAUCCAUCGUCUUGAAGAGCUUUUGAUUAAGCAUAAUUGAGGCGGACACUCUGAACGCAGACACAGGCGGCCCGACAGCCGGCCGUUUCGGUCGUGCCUCGCCACCAUGGAGAAGCAGGAUUCCGUCAGACAGAAGAGGCUCAGUUUUGUGGAAAAAUCCGGAACCCUCAGCAGGUCCGGGAGCAGACAGUCCAUGAGGAUGAGCACCCGAAUGAAAAAGGUGGCUCCCCCACCGCCGGCCGCCGUGCUGGGGCGUUCGCUGAGCAACGGAAGUGCGCCCCUGCCGACCGGCCCGGGCGAGGAUUGCGCCAUCGACGAGCGACUGGAGGGGCGCAUGGAUCUCGAGCUCGUCCUGCCCGAUCUCAGGGUCGUUCACAUGACCGUCGACAGGAGGACUCCUAUGAUGGACUUACUAGUUCAAGCCACAACUUCUAACAAAAUACCCCCAAGUGAUCACAUCAUCAACGUCAUUUCCAAAGAUGAGCGUAGUGUUCACUACAAGCCUAAUACACCUAUUGGCUCUUUAGAUGCUAAUACAGUGUACAUAGUUCCUAAGUCAACCCUAGAGCAACCUGUGAAAAGAAUGCCAAAGCUUGCCAAUCAACCUUUUGAGCAGCAAACAUUCAGGUUGCAGGUGAACUUACCUCAUAAUCAGCGAAUGGUGCUCAGAGUCAGUCCUCGUAUAACCCUUGCAGAGCUCAAAAACCAGAUUUGUUCCGAGAAAGAACUCGACCACAGCACUCACCACUUAGUGCACCCCGCUCAGCCCGACACUGUCUUGGACCUCAACGCCACUCUAGAAGUAUAUGGAUGCGCUGAAAUCAGUUUGAUGUCGAAUUCCGGUCUUAGGGAUAGUAUUCGAAGCACUUCUACCAAUUUCUUUGUUUAUCAAGGGCCAAGAAUUGAAGAAGAAAAGAAAAAGAAGGGUAUAUUAAGAUUGUUUUCAAGAAAGAAAAAAGAUAUUAUACUUGAGACUGGAACGAAUGGUCUACACACCUUGUCAUCAUCACAAAGUGAAUCUACAGGUCUUAAUAAGCUUGGUUCUCAAUCUAAGCACAGCAUCAAAAGAAGACCAGCCCCGGCCCCACCUCGGAACUCUUCUCCUCCUCUAAUUACACAGAGCUCAAAUUCCAUCAAUUCCCGACCCGAAUCUGAAAUCUCAGUCAAAACUGCGGACGAGAUUGAAAGCUCAGUCUCUCAUUCCAGGCACAGUUCAGAUUCGAGCGGAUACCACGAACCUUCGGUGUUUAGUGACUGUUCCGAGAACAAAUCCCCUGAAGCAUCAAUAGUUCAUGGAGACCAUGUCUCUGUGAGCGAUGCGAACAGACAAGACAGCCCUCUGCAUAAAGACUAUUCCGAUGGUUGUGUUCUGAUGAAAAGGUCAUCCAUGACAUCUAAAGAGACAAAUUUAAAAAAUGUGCCAUCUUGUUCCAAUGUUUCCAUCAUCAGUGCUUCUCGUAAGCGUAAAGCCCCUCAACCUCCGGUGUCCACCCUGCCUGCGAUCGAAUCUCCUUCGUCGCCAGACAUGCCUCCCGUCGAACCACCCGACGCCGCAAAUCAACAACACCCCGCUCCAGAGAGUUAUGACAACGAGUCCGAAACUUCAACACGUGAAAACGGGCCUAUUCCGCCCACGGAUUGCAAUGUCGUUGCUUGCGAAAACGGUGACGCCAUGGAUUCAGUUCGGCAAGAAUCCGAGGCCAUUCAGUACCUGGAGGAAGUGCUGCAGGAAUCGGAGAACUGCUCCAAAAACUAUCAAAGUCAGAAAAUGCUCGACGACAGCGAUACAGACUCUCAGAAAGACGAGAGGGAGGUGAUAUCUGUGUGUCAGGCUGAAAUCCAUGCCGUUGCUAGUGAUCAGGAUUCCUCCGAUAGCGUAGUUGAGCCUCAUACCGUAGUUACUCCUGAACCAGUGUCACCUAAAAGUAGCUUUCCUCUGCUGACAAACCCUGCUUCCCAAUCAGCUGGAUGUGAAGUUGUAGAUACGUCUGCUGAUGAUAGCGGCAUCUCCCAUUCCCUCACCAGUGACGCAGAUUCCUCCAUGCCCUCGAUAAACUCGGAUCUCAAGACGAUGUCGGACUCCGGAUGCCAAGAGGAAAUAUAUUGCAAUAUUGCAGAAUCUGCAGAUGAAAAAUCAGUGCCUUCUGAUGUUGAGUUUCCUGCCCAAAGUAACAGUGAAACAACUGUUAGUGUCAAUGACUCUGAAACAAGCAGUGCUUUAAAUAACGUUGAUGAUAUGCUGCCUCAUGCACCAGUUGACUGUGCAGCUGAAAAUACAUCUGCAGAAACAGUGGAACGAAGGAUUAAAGAUCAGCUUGUCUGUAAUGAUGAAACGAACUCUAGCAGCAAGAAUGAGAACAUUGCAGAUAAGGUUCCUCCCGAAACAAUAGUAUAUAACAGCGUUGAAAUAGCGUACAAUAAUGCUAAUAGUGACAAAAAUAGUGUUUCCAGUUCUCUUUCCAACAACAGUCCACGAGAUAGUGCUUCGACCACUCCCCAAACCAGGAGAAAAUUAGAAAACUUUGCAUUAGGGUGUUAUAAAAAGGAAGAAACGGUAGAUAUUUAUAGCAAUCCCCCCGCAGAAGUCACCGCGAAAAGUAACAGUCAACUCCCUGAGAAAACUCAAAUUGAAGCUCCCCCAAGAAAGCUUAGAAGUCAUCCCGAAGUUAAGGUUAGCUGUGUUCAAGAAAUUGGUAAGCCAGAUGCUCCCGAGCUAGCAACGAGUGCUGACAUUGUUGAAGAAAAAUCUGCUCAGCCGGCGAAUACUAAUACAGUGCCUCUUGCUGUGAGAUCUCUUUCGUUAUAUAAUUUGAUUCCUAGAAAAUAUGAGAGGCCUGUGAUAGCCAAGAAAUAUGAGGAAGUACCUGUACCUGAUAACAUAAAAAGAACUCAUUCAGAUCAAAAUUUUGUUCAGGAUUCAGAAGCUGAAGAACUACGAAACAAUUUCCUUCAAGAACAAAAGCGCCUCCAAGAAGAAUACCAUCGCCUUCAAGCACAAUUCAUAUCUUGGCAAAAGCAGUUGUUAUGUAAUCAGAGUUUGCUACAAAGUGAAAAAAUUGUACCGCAGAUGCCUUUUCCUCCAUUUGGAAGCUUAGAAAACUUGGAUACCAAGAGCGUGACCGAUGAAAAUCACAUAUCUGAAGAUUCAUCGAAAAUAGGUCCUGACGGAUUUAGAACCAGGUCAUUGCCUAGAUCCAAAUCAAAAACUUUCUCCCUGAAAGAACCUGCUAGACCCAGUACACCACCUGUUCCUGAAACUCCUUCUGAGGCUUCUAUUGUUGAUAUAGAUAUUAGUUCUCACGAUGGAGCGAAGAAAACAGAAGCUGUGAGUUCGUGUUCUGUAGAUACGCAAGCGAACGUGAAUUUAGAGGACAAAGAUGUUCAGGUUCAAAUGCCUGAAGAUAAGACAGUGCAAGUACCAUCACCGCAAGAAAAAGUGACAUCUAGUACACAAGUUCCGUCUCCUGAAAGUGCAAAAAGCAUGGAAGAUGUUUCUGCACAAACUAGUGAUAAAUUGCAGUCUUCACCAGAUGUUAGUCCUGAUGAAUCAUCAGUACAUUCACUUGAAAGUGAAAAUAGUAAAUCACAGACACUUCCGCGACCUAAGCCUAAACCUAACAGUGCCUUUCAACCCUCUCAUGCUAUGACUUUAAAUAGAAAUACUAGGCCAAAAUCCCAAGUUGUUUCAGUCACCAUUGGUUCCUGGCAACAACGACAAGUGCCAGCAUUGGACAUUGAGCCAUCUAGUGUGGCCUCGUCUAGGUCAAAGUUUCAAAGCUUAGAAAAUAUUCCUCAGGGCUUCAGUAAAGUUAUUCCUAACAGCAUGGAGAAAAGAAAAUUACCACCUGUUCCUAUGGAAGAGAAAAAGUGUGUCAAAGGAGUAGGCGUUACAAACAAACCCACAGAGCUUGAAUUGAACAAUGAAACACAACCUAAAUUAAUAAAAGAACAUGUAAGUGUCAAAUCUAAAGUAAAUCAAGUGCAUCUAGUAAAAGAUCAUAAAAACAUUCCUAACAAAGAUGAAGUACCAAAAAGCUCUCACAAAACCUCUGAUGCUAAUGUUUAUAAAGCACACGAUAUGAAACAGGCAGACAUUGUUCAAAAACAAAAAUUUGAAAUUAAGGUUUCUGCUAAAGAACCAUCUUCAAUGUUCAAGGCAGCUAAACCUUUUGUAAAAAUGUCGAGUAUGAAAGAUGAAAGCCACACGCCUUCUAUCAUAGGGUUGAAAAAAUGGCCCUUGGCAGAAAUAAGCGAAGUUAGCGAUGGCAGGCAAUCGAUAAUAGAGGAUUUAAGAACGAGCUCCAAACGACCAGGUGGUUAUGUGCAAGAGAAGAUACGAAGAGCUGAAGUAGAUUUGAGAAAGCCAAAAUCUUCAAAAACUGAAUCAGUUAGUAGUAGCAAAAAAGAUACUAAUGUAGAUUCUUCUAAAUUGCAUAUCACGAAGGUAAAUAUUAACAACGUUAAAUCAAAUCCUGACGAAUAUGCUUCAGUACACAAAACUAAAAUCCCCCCUUCUAAUACGAACAUUUCUGUUAAACAAGCAGGCAGUUCAAGCUGGAGUAGUAAUACUAUUCCUAAAUCUCAUUCAUUGAACUCAGAACUAAUGGCAGUGUUUAGUAAAAAACCUUCAAGGUUUUCAAGUGAGAAAAACAAUCAAUACGAAUCUAAAGUGACUGCCAAGCCUCAGAACAUCACAGUCCAAUGGUUCUAGCCAGCCUCCCCCUCCACCUCCUCUUCCCCAAACCCAGAGCUCAGCGAUGCCUGCCAUCCCUCCUGCUGAACAAAUCCCGGUUUCCAGUCAACUUUUGAUGGCCCGAGAGACAAAUACCUUGCCUGUCACCAAAAAGGAAUCCAAGAAAAGUCCCACGAAAUUCUCCAGGACUGCGGACCCAAGAGAAGAGCUUAUGUUAGAAAUUAGAGGUUUUGGUGGCAAGCAAGCUCUACGAAAGUUAUAUGAAAAAUCAUGUUUACAACUUCGUAAAAAAUCCCCAAAGAAGAAGGCCCGGGAGGAAUCUGGCAGCUCAUCCCGACAACAAUGAAUUAUUUAUUCAGCUUACAGAUAUCAAUCAUUUCAUUGGGAAGAAUAUAAAUUCCUACAGCCAAGACAGGUUGGAACCUGAAAGUGUUUGGUACAGCAUCUACUGCAGAUUCUUAGGCUUUCUUCGAGCAUGGUUACUGUGAUGGAAUUUUUCUGGUCAUAAACGCCUGCGAUCAGCCAAAUGGUCGUGGGUUGCGAUCACGAGUGAUGUGUAAAUAUUAUUAAAAAUACAGAGAUUUAUCAUCGAAGGGUGAUGACUUUUUAUUGUGCCAGUACAGAAAAUUAAGGAAAUUGUUGAAAACUGAAAUGAAUUUUUUACAGAUACUACUGCUAGUGCCUGUUUAAGUGCCACAAAUGAAGCUCAAUAUCAAACACCAAAGACAUGGAAAUUUUCAAAAGCUGGUGUGACUUAAAAUUAAAUUAUAUAUAUACAUAUAAAAAAUAUAUAUAUAUAAAAGAAAGCUUUAUUUUUCUCAGAGAGAACGGACCUACUUAAUGAUCUCUGCCAAUUCUGUUUUCUAAAUGAAAGAAAAUGUGUUUAGCAGAUUUAAAGGGAAAAAAUAUUAAAAAACAACAGAAUUAAUACAUAUCUGCUAUUCAUAAUUGAAUUUUUUUAUCAUCAUUAGAUCAUAAAUCAUUACGUGCAGAAGAAAUAAUUUUAAUCACAACAGUGCCUCUUUAUUAUGGGAACAGUUGAUAUGUAUAUAAGGCAGUUUACAAACAUGUAAAGUCAUAUCUGUUUGUUUUAAGAUAUAUUCAGAAAAAAAAUAUAUCUUAAGAUUAAUUUAUGCUGUUUCUGCUUUUACGCAGUUAUAUAUAUGUUUACUUGUAUCAUAUGUAAAGCAAACGUAUAUAAAUAUAUAUUAUGAGACAUAAAGUGCUAAAACGUUAUCAGCAAUAUUUCCUAAAAUAUUUUUAAGCCAUAAGGUUUGGUAAUUAUUUUCCAGCAGUCGCUCUUCUCAUUUUAAAAAGGCAUACUUUUGUUAUAAGUAAUGACGCCUUUAUUUUUAAUAUUUAGAAUUAUAUUGCAAUUGUUAUAGCAAAAUAGCAUUUAAUUUUACAAUUUUGUGUUAAAAAUUAUAAUAAAUAAUUAUGCCAGUU